UUUAAAGUUGUUAGCAAGACCAUAUGUGUAAGGACCUAUAAAGGACAUGUGUGUUUUAAAAUUGUUGUACGGAGUUUUUGCGUUGUUGGUAGUUUGCCGUGUAGGCUGGGCGCAGGAACAGUGUUUCGCCGAUGGCACAGCGGAGGGGGAGGGGGAGUGUGGGUCUACCUCACCUGGCCAGUCUCACCUGACCCCCCACGACGAUCCCGUACCUGUACCGGACCCAGAUGUACCCGAGGAGACAGCCGCUAGGGACUGUGUGGAAGUUUACGAGCGCGGCUACGUCACCAACGGUGUGUACGUCAUCAGGCCGCUCUCGUACCCGGGCGACCCGUUCCCAGUGUACUGUGACCAGGAGAACACGAACGGCGGUUGGACGACCGUACAACGGCGUCAGGACGGGACGGUUGAUUUUAACCGGACCUGGGAGGAGUACCAGCGCGGGUUCGGUGACCUGGAGGGCGAGUUCUGGCUGGGGCUGGACAAGCUGCACGCGCUCACCAGCGUGGGGAAAUACAUCCUGCGUCUGGACUUUUGGGACUGGGAGGGAAACCGUGCCUUCGCAGAAUACAGGGCGUUUAGUGUUGGCGGAGAGAAGGAUGACUACACCCUGCACCUGACCGGGUACUUCCCCGGCAGUAACAGCGGGGACGCCAUGUUACGGCCCGUCAAGCUGGACGGGAUGAAGUUCUCCACAAGGGACAGAGAUAAUGACGAGUGUGGAUGUAACUGCGCGGAAAAGUUUGGAGGCGGCGGCUGGUGGUACUGGCGAUGCGGAGAUUCCUACCUGAACGGGAAGUACCACGACUCUCACAAGUGCGAGACCAAACAGGGCAUCGUCUGGGGCCCCUGGAAACAGUCCUUCAAAUACUCGCUCAAGGCAGUCAGCAUGAAAAUCAGACUGAUAGAUUUCUGACGUCACCGGGAAGCUAGAAAUAGUCUUUCAAACACAAGUUGGCCUGAGAAUUAGAGCUAUAUCUACUAACGUCACGGGAACCUUGACUCAAAAGUCAGCAAAAAUUUAGACUCAUGAACCUCUGACGUGACAACAAACCUUCAAAAACUAUCUCUAAUUAUUAUUUUUUGCUUA